UAGAAUUCUGGCAUUUAAGUUAUUAAUUAAUAGUCACCAAACGAAAAUCAGUCCAUCACGAAAAGUUUCAAUGCACGACUGCCAAGGGCUGCUAAACAAGAUGACCGGUCGCCGCUCCUUCAUGCCUUGUUGACGUGGUAACUUCUGACGGUGCUGGACAGGAGAUACUCUAACUUCGAGUUCUGAAGAUUGUGCGUUGAUUCCCAGUUUAUAUAGGCAUCUGAAGACGUGUGCAACAGAAUACACUCCACAAGAACAUCGUGCAGAACUCAUAACUUACGAUGUAAAUUAAUUCGCCGACCAAUCAAAUCAUUCCAAAAACGAAAAGCCACCAGACAGGUGCUCCACGGAUCACGGUCUGGCUAUACGAACAGACAAAAACAAAAUGUCAGCCACCUUGGCGAACACGUCUGCUCUCCAGAGGCGACUCGUGGCGUCAUCGGCCGCCAUGAUUUGGGCUCGACGUAGGAAACGUGUUCUUGGUGUUUUACUGAUCAUCAUUGCAGUCGGUGUAUUUCUCAAUUCCAGUUCUUUCACACCUGUUAUGAAGAAGAGCUGGAUGCAAAAUUUGAUUAGACGUGUAAACAAUAUUACCAUUCCGAAGUCAUCGCCAAAGUCAAUGGUGAUCAUUCUAACGUACAUGCGCAGUGGGUCGAGUUUGACCGGUGACAUCAUACAACAGAGCCCGGAUGUAUUCUAUGUCUACGAACCCUUGCAUUCUGUUAACAAGCUUAGGUCUUCAAGCAUGUUAGCGCUCUACCUGUCCAAGAAGACAGAAAUAAGGCCAUCUUUGUCGGACACCAUUGAACACUUCCUGUCAUGUGACCUGGAAAACGUUGACCUUUACACUUUGAACCAAUUCCACUUGAAGAACAGCAGAUCCACAGGCACCUACCUCGUCUGCGUGCGCGGGGCUAACGGGAUCGGGGAGAUGCUAACAUGUCUGACGUCACUGGUCAAGACAUGCGCGGCGGCCAAAGUCACGGUGCUCAAAACGAUCCGCAUGCCAAUGUUAGAAGUAAGCGCCUUGCUUCAGAAAUACCCUCAGCUUAAAGUAGUCCAUCUGGUGAGGGAUCCCCGAGGGACGCUUCUGUCCCAGACGCGUGUCGGCAACUUCAAGUGGUCGAUGCUGCACGAAGUUGCCCCAGAACUCUGCCGUAAAAUCUCGCUCGAUCUGAGAAUCUCGCAGAACAUUUCAGACCAAUUUGGAAGCAGGAUCUUCACGCUUCGGUACGAAGACCUCGCGGAAAACCCUGUCAUAGUGUCGAGAAUGCUCUACGACUUCGUGGGCUUGGAAUUCACCGACACGAUCAAAGACUACAUCGUGAAUAUUACGCAGUCCGGUCGUCGCGACGGCUGCGCUAUUUGCACGUGGCGUAUCAACUCCACGGCAACGGCCUACAAAUGGAGGAGGAAGCUGAGUUACGACCGUGUGGCUAUCAUUGACAACGGCUGUGCAGGCGUGUAUAAACAGAUGGGGUAUCUACCGAUUCCAAAAGAGAAACUAUUGAGGAAUAUGUCCUUUCCUGUAAAAGUGAGAAGAUAGGAUAGAAUAAAAAGUCAUAAUUUGUAUAUUGCAAUAAGGGGCCAUUCGAAAAUAGCAACAGGUUUAGAACGUAGAAACUUCAUGGGAGAACGAUGCCUGCGUCUGCUUUUCGAAGAAAUCAUUUUAUUAAGAAGGUGAUAUAAGUAGUUCUUGCAAAACGUUAUUUCUCUUUUACAAUAGGGAAGUGUGUUGGGGUUGGGGGUGGGGACCCACUUUGUAUCUUUAUUUUUAAAAAUUAGUAAGUGUAAAUGGCCCCUAUGAGUCUUGAUAUGAAAAACUGCCAGGGCCUUUAAAUUUGCUCUCAAUUGAGGGAUGGGGGAGGACAAAUUUGUUUCUCCAAAAAAUCAAAAAUCAAAAAUCAAAUAAUAUAUAUAUUAUAUUAUUAUUUUAUGCAAGGUCUGCGAAAAGCUUUCAUAGAUGUUUUUCCCCUAUAAUUAACUUUUGUUUUAUUUAUUAGUUCUUUCAUGUUACCGGUAAGAUCUAAGCUUCUGAUGUCGUUUUAAAAUACUUUAGUAUUCCUUUUGCUGGGGUUUUUGUUGUUGUUGGGGUUUUUUUGUGGGUUUUUUAACAUUUUAUACGAAAUUUUGUUUUUAAUUCUGUUGUCGUUGUCGGUUUUAUAUUAUUAUGUUAUAGUAUUAUAUACAU